ACACACACACACAAAAAAGCAAUGCAUUGAUUGUGUGACAGAUGGGGUCUCUUUUGUGUGAAAUCCUCACCAAUAUGACCUCCAGCGUCACGCGUAUAGUUGUGCGUACGGGUGGGAGUUGUCUGCUGCCUGAUAAACGCAUUGUUAUGCUGGGGGGAUGUUCCAUCCUGUAACGCUGCAGACUAUGAAUGGCCUACAAAGGGAAGAACUUUGUCUUCUGCAUAGAAAUUAGCACAGAAACCUCCCGGACACCAAGCGGACCUAAUUCUGAUGUAUUAGUAGGUGCAAAAACAAAAAAGCCUACUCAUUUCUCGCUGGAUGAUAACAUUUAGCAGGGAAUGAGAAUCGAAUCUCAGGCCGCUGCUUUGUAAGGCUGUUAGCUAGCUAUCGGCUAGCAACACUGCUCUUCUGUCUCAGCAUCACGGAGAGCCAAGAUGAAGAAGAAAGUGCGGCAGCAUCGCCCCGCGGUGCAGAGGAGGUCCCAGUCUCCGAUCAAGCCCUCUCCCAACAAGCAGAUCCUGACCUACGCCCAAGCUCAGCGCAUGGUGGAGUUUGAGCUGGACGGCCGCAUACAUCGGCUCAGCAUAUACGACAGUCUGGACGUGAUCUCGGAUGACGAUUCCAUCGUUCAGGAGAUGAUGGAGUGCACCAGCAACAAGGAGAACGCUGACAAACCCCAGCAACAGGUCCGACAGAGGUCGGCUAGACUUAAAAACAACCAAGAGAGGAGAAAUGCAGCACUGGGCAUCACUGGCCACGCAGAGGGAGGCGGGCAUCAUGCUGGAGGCCACGCUGCGCCAAAGCUUCCUGAGCCUAAAUUUCGAGUUGUUGAAUAUAACCUUCCAGCUGUUCCAAAGCGCCCAUCUGCAUUUUAUAAGUAUAUAGAGAAGACAGAGGAAGAGCUAGAUGAGGAAACGGAAUACGACAUGGACGAGGAAGAUUAUGCAUGGCUGGACUUGGUCAAUGAAAAGCGCAGAAGCGAAGGGAUGAGUCAGGUUUCCCACAAUGUUUUUGAGUUCCUGAUUGACCGUUUUGAGAAGGAGUUGCACCUGGAAAGGCUGGAUCAAGCAAGUGAGAAGCAGCCUCCCGUCGACGAGGAUGCGGUUUGUUCAAUCUGUAUGACAGGAGAGUGUCACCAAAGCAACACUAUCCUGUUCUGCGGCAUGUGCAGCGUGUCGGUGCACCAAGAAUGUUACGGCGUCCCCUACGUCCCGGAUGGUCCCUGGUAUUGCAGGCAUUGCCUUCAGUCGCCCACUCAGCCGGCGGACUGCAUUCUCUGUCCCAACAAAGGCGGAGCUCUGAAAAAGACGGACGAUGAGCGGUGGGGCCACGUGGUGUGCGCCCUCUGGGUCCCGGAGGUCGGUUUUUCCAACAGCACAUUUAUCGAACCCAUCGACGGCGUCAGUCAGAUCCCACCAGCUCGCUGGAAGCUCACCUGCUACAUAUGCAAGGAGAAAAACGUUGGUGCCUGCAUCCAGUGUCACAAAGCCAACUGUUACACGGCUUUCCAUGUUACUUGUGCCCAAAAGGCUGGGCUCUUCAUGAAGAUGGAGCCGAUCAAUGAUGUAACGGAAGCAGGGGAGGCCAUCCUCUCUGUUAAAAAGACCGCCUACUGUGGAGCUCACACGCCUAAUGGAUGUGUAAGGAGACCUCUCUCCAUUUAUGAAGAUGCCAAAAGGAAAAACGGACUCUGUAAGAGAGGGAAUAAAGGGAGGGGAGACGAUAAAGAACAUUGCAAGGGGAAGCAGAAAAAGAAAAGCAAGAAUAAAAAGCCUGAACCUGAUGAUGAAAGUGAGGCUGCAGCUCCUGCUACUGUGCCUAGUUUUCCUGCUCACAGGCUACAAACCAUUCUCAACCAGGUGUCCAUUCAGAAGAAGAGAGCCUUUGUGGAACUGGUUCUAAAUUAUUGGACACUGAAAAGGCGAUCCAGGAACGGGGUGCCCCUGAUUAGACGCCUUCAAACUUGUCUGCAGUCACAGAAGAACGCCCAGCCGAGGCAAAAUGAGGAGGAAAGCAGAGCAUUGAAGGAGCAGCUGAAGGAAUGGCAUCGCUUGCGUCAUGACCUGGAGAGAGCACGGCUGCUGCUCGAGCUGAUUCGCAAGAGAGAGAAGCUAAAGAGAGAAGAGAUAAAACUACACGAGAGCGUUCUAGAGAUGCAGCUAACGCCGUUUAGCAUUUUACUCCGGGCUCUGCUGGACCAGCUGCAGGCAAAAGACCAGGCAAAGAUCUUCACCCAGCCUGUGGAUGUCAAUGAGGUACCUGACUAUCUGGACCAUAUCAAACACCCCAUGGACUUCUCCACCAUGCGGCAGCGCAUUGACGCCCAAGCCUACACCAACUUAGACCAGUUUGAGGCAGACUUCAACCUCAUCAUUGACAACUGCAUGAAGUACAACUUGAAGGACACCUACUUUUACCGAGCCGCCGUUCGCCUCAGGGACCAGGGCGGUGUCUUGCUCAGGAAGGCCCGCCGAGACGUGGAGAGGAUCGGCUUUGACGGGGAGAGCGGGAUGCAUUUGUCCGAAGCUCCUGAAAUCAAAGCACCACCGUCGUUUUCUUGGGAAGACGUGGACCGUCUGCUUUUGCCGACCAACCGAGAGCAUCUGCCUCCGGACAAACAGCUGCAGCAGCUCCUGGAGAAGUUCGACCUGACGUGUGCCAUGAAAUCCAGCCCCUCCCGCAGCAAGCGCCUUAAGCUGCUUAAGAAAACCAUCAACGACGUGCGAAAUGAAAUCAGCCUGAAGAAACUAGUGCCCUCUUACCAUCAUAGUUCCACCUCUGCCUCAGCCCUGGCCACGUCCCCUCCGGAUUUGGAGAAAUCCACAGAGGAAAGAAUAAAACCCAAUGGGCACUUUCAAGAUGAUGAAGGAGACAAGUCUCUUCCUCCUAAACUGGAGCCACCGGGUGCUAUACCCCCCGUCCUCCGCUCAGAAACACAUUCUGAACCCCCCACCCUCAGACCGAUUGAUGACGACCCGGACUGCGAGGAAAAGAUCCACAGCAAGCGACUAAAGCUGGAUGAACAAGCAGCCGACUUGCUCUCCUCCGCUCCACGCCUCAACGGCCACUCCCUUCAGAGCACCCUGCUGGACGGCGAUGUGAGCGUGCUGGCGAAGUCCACCGUCGCAGAGCCCGCAGGCGGGGCCAACCACCGGACAGCUGCCAACUUCUACAAAUCGAAGUGCGCCGGAGCACACAGGCCGCCGGAGAAGAAAGACGAGGAUUGCGACGGUGCCGACGAAGGAUCAGGCGAGCAGGAGGUGGAAGGUAGAGACGCCUCUCAGCUGGGCUCCAAAUCCUUCCUGUCGGUUGUCAUACCCCGGCUGGAGACGCUUCUUCACAGCAAGAAGAGGAAACACAGCGGCAGCCAAGUCAAGGAGGCAGAAGGAAGGGAGGCUGACGGCGAAGAAGAGGAGGCGUCUCCUGGGAAGAGACUAGACAUGGGCCUGUCAAGAGGUUUUCUGGGAAUGGAUGAGGAGCAGGAACUAGAACAACCCCGCAGUACGAGCAGACCAGUGGAGCAGCGACGGCGCUGUGCCUCAGAGUCCUCCAUAUCUUCAUGUAGCAGUCUUCAAGGAAGUGCUGGCACCAUUCUUAGUCUGCCAAAAUGUGGAAAGGGGAAACCGGCGUUGGUCAGACGAAACACUGUGGAUGAUAAGAGUGAGCUCAUUGCCUGCAUUGAAUCGGGGAACUUUGCAAAAGCUGCACGGAUUGCUGCAGAGGUUGGCAACAGCAAUAUUUGGAUGCCGGCUAGUGCUUCAACAGUUGCCCUGGAACCCUUAAAGCUAGUCUGGGCCAAAUGCAGUGGCUAUCCUUCCUACCCUGCCUUGAUCAUAGACCCCCACAUGCCACGCGUCGGCUGUCAGCACAAUGGGGUGUCCAUCCCCAUUCCCCCCAUGGACGUGCUGCGAAUCGGAGAGCAGAUGCAGUACAAGGUAGAGGAGAAGCUCUACCUUGUCCUCUUCUUCGACAACAAGCGCAGCUGGCAGUGGCUUCCUAGAUCCAAGAUGGUUCCUCUUGGAGUAGACAAAACCAUCGACAAGAUCAAAUUGAUGGAAGGCCGCACGUCCAGCAUCCGCAAGGCGGUCCAGAUCGCCUUUAGCCGUGCCAUGAACCACCUGAGCCUGGUGCAGGAUGAACAAGUCAGCGACCUCAGCGAUGUAGACUGAUAAGACCACUAACUUCAAAAAAAAAAAAAAAGUUUCCAACACUCCUCAUCCCAACCCUCAUUCCCAUCCUCCUGUCUCUGCAGCAGGCUUCUAUGUUUACUGGGCACCUGCUGUAACAGGUGGUGUCAGAAAUGAAUGUGUCCGUAUUUCCUCUCCUCCAGGCUUGUAACUGUGCCAAGACAGCCAGACAGAGGCUUCCUUUCUGCCUCCUCCACCCUCAAUACAAACACCUCCACUGCCAUUUCUGUCGUGAACGGCUGAUCUAGUGCGUUUUGGCGCCUAACCAAAUCCCAUUAAUUUGAAUAAAUGCACGUUAAGCUCGCAUCAUUCCCACGUUUUUUAAGUUUGUUCCCUUCCUUUGUAUUUAAGCUGUAAAUAACCUGUACAAUCGCCUGACACUAACUUAUUUUGUAUUUGUUGGACAUACAUGCUGUUGGUACUGUACAGAUGUCUUUUUUUUUAUUGUUUUUUUUUUUUAGUAUUUAGGUGGAUCUGUUUUGCUUGAAUGAUCAAAAAGAAUAAAAAAAACAGGGCUCAAGUGUCAUAAAAAAAAGAACAAAACACUCUAAAAAGCCUCUUUUGUUGUCUCUUUAAGUUAUUAUAUUGUAUGCUUACAGUUUAUUUCCCGUUUUUAUGAAAAAAAAAAGUUUUGGUAUAUUUUUCUUCACAUGAAUACAGUAUUUAUAUUUUAAUACAUUAUAUGAUGUUUGUCUUUACUGGGGGCCAAAAGUUCACCUCUACGCAUAAAUUGUUAAAUAUUGAAUGAAAUGCAUACAUUAAACCAGUCAAUGAUUGAACAGUUUAAAUAUGAUUUGUAUACAUUAAACAUUUGAUCUAUCUUUUUUUGAAUCCAAGUUAGCUAUUGGGUCUAAAUGAUAUGACCUAUUGGCAGUUUAUGUAAUUUCAUGAGCAACUGAUUUCUAUUGUUUAACUUGUACUAUGAUCAGAUUAAUAUCUCCAGUCGUAUAAGUAUGUAUUUAACAAUUUAUGUAUUGGAUUGUACCACUUUUGAGCCUCAGUAUACUCUAAAGCUCCCUCACAGUCUAUUGUCUUAACAUGGAACGUUUUGUUCUAAAGAAACCAAAAAAUGUUGCUACCCAGAUCAUUUCUUGUCAUUUGAUUUUUCUAUUUGUGAAAUUUGCCAAAAAAACAGAAAAAAAAAAGUCAAGUGUGAGUUUAUUAUUUUUUUUUUUUUAAGUAAAACAUUUGACUGUUACUUGGCUUUGCUGUAGUGGUAAAAGAAUGUGCCUCCGUUAACUUAUUGUAAAGUAUUUGCAUUACUUUAUAUGUGGGGAAAAUCAUGCAGAGUGAUUGUGAUGUGACCCAUUCUGUGGUGAAUAUUUGCCUUUUUAAUUAACCUUUUUAUAACUUUUGUAGAUGUAGACUUGGAAGACUUUUUUUUAUAUAUAUAUAUAUAUAUAUAUAUAUGGUCGCUUGUUUUUUUUUUGUUUGUUUUGUUUUUUCUGGGUAGCACCGGGUAGUUUUGAUAUACUUCAUUUUCUACUUUACUGUAGUGUUAUUUUUGAAAGGGGGGAACUUGCAUAAUAUUGCUGGGACUGUUUUUGUAGCAAAAUAAAAAUACAAAA